AUGUCCUCGCGUACCUCCACUUUCCAGCAGUUGAAAAGCAUUUUGAAUUUGUCGCUAAAAUCCACACCUAUCCCCCCGGAGUCGACGCGCAAAAUGCGGGACUCGUAUAUUGAAAUUAUUCUUCCCUUUUCUACUAAUGAAAACCUCAGGGAGGAAUAUGUAAAUGUGUACGGGGGCAUAAGAUUUGCAAAAAUAAUUGAAGACAUCGACGCACUUGCCGGAUCCAUCGCCUAUAAGCAUGCAUUGGAGCCGCUUCCUCAGUCUCCCGGCAAUGAUGAUGCUGCGAAACAUGAAACCUUGCUCCCAAUUACCAUUGUGACUGCAUCCGUUGACAGAAUCGACCUUCAACAACGCCUUGAUAUCCACGAGGAUCUCAGACUCUCGGGCUCUUCAAUGGACGUUCUAAUAGUCAUUGACAAAAAGGUCAAUUCCACGACCUGGUCUCCUGCAGCCAGCGCCCUGUUCACAAUGGUUGCCCGACACCCGCUAUUGCACGUUGCCGUUCCGGUUCCCAAGCUUUCUUUGGAUACUCCAGAGGAGAUCGAGCUUUUUUCAGCCUCUUCUAAGCGGCGUGCUCGACGAAAAUUAAUCUCCGUCCCCACGGAGGAUGGAGAUUUUUCAUCCUCCGAGCUGAAAGAAUUGCAUGGCAUUAUGACCCGUGUGUCUGAACAAGAAGGGUUUUCGCCGAGUUCGCAAUACUGUGUCUCUUCGCUCCGGCUGUGCCAUCCGCAAGAACGAAACAUUCACAACUUUAUCUUUGGUGGCUGGCUCAUCAAGGAGGCCUUUGAGCUUGCUUUUUGUUUGGCUUCUGUAUAUUGCAGGGACAGGCCGCUUUUUAUAGCGCUGGACGAGUCGUCAUUCUUGAUUCCGGUUCCACUUGGCUCUCUGCUCUCCAUCGAUGCCGCGGUAGUAUAUGCUGAGAAAUCGCAGGUCAGAAUCCAGGCAUCGAUUUCUUUGGUUGACACUUCUUUGGGAAUAAAUGGCCCAUCCUCAAAACGCCUUACCAAUGUGUUUGGAUUCACUUUUGAAAAGCGCGCAGGCGCUCCGGUAUCUGAACUGCAGCCAUCAUCAUAUGCCAGCGGAUUACAGUGGCUUCGUGCGCGUCGAAAACACAGAUCUGCAGCGGAAGAGCUGGCCCUAUAUGGUACCCGCUGGGUUACCCUUCUGCAUGCCAUUAUGACGCCUUCCAGCAUACCCAAUGCGUGCAACAUACCCACCCCAAUCACUCCACCAUCAUAG